GCAUAUAUAUAUAAUAUCAUUCUGUACGAGAAUUGGAGAUGAAAAUUAGUGCAAACGACAAACGGGCUUUGAUUUGACAGAUUGAUUUGGGUUUUUUCUUCAUUUUCCUGUAAAUGAAACUCCAACUUCCAGGAAUACACUCCCGUUUAUAUGGAGAAUUAAGCAAGAACAAGAGAAACCACUUGAUAUUUGGGGUUGAGAUUUGCAGAGGGAGGGAGGCCAAGAAUAUGAAUAUACCCACUUCUGAAGGAAAUAGUAGUGGCUGUGAAUCAGGCUGGACAAUGUACUUGGAUCAUUCUGCAGAUAAUCGUCAUCAGCUCCAGAAACAUGGCAGCACAACAACAACAGUUGGCUAUGAUGAAGAUGAUGAAGAUUUGUCUAUGGUGUCUGAUGCCUCAUCCGGCCCUCCAAAUUUUCAUGAAGAUGAUCAGCUCUAUAGCUCAUUUGAUCAUGAAUCUGGGUAUAACUUUGCCUAUGGUUCUUCAGCUUCUCAGCAAGCAAGACAGGAGGGGAAGAAGAUAAAUAAGAACAAAAACCAACAUGGAAAAGACAAGCAACUGUGCCUGCCUUCCUAUCUAGAUGACACUGCAAGCUCCCCUAUCAAGGCAAGCAAUUAA